CUCAGUGACCUCUCCGGUCUCCCUCCGGAGGCGGUUGCCUCCCAUCGAUUCUUUGGCCCCUUCGCCUAUUUAUCGCAGAGCAUUAACCGGCGGAGAAGGAGAAGAAGCCAUCAAGAAACAAGAAACGGAGAGAGAGAUAGAGAGAGACUACGGUGGUAAUGGAAGCAGCCAAAGUAACUACAAGGUUUCUCAUAUCAAGCCCUACUCCUAACCAUAAGCCGCUUCUCCCCUCCACCGCACGCCUUCGUCGGCGGCCGCGGCCCCUCGCCUCGCGCUGCCUCCAGACCCCCGACCCCGCGCUCCCCUACUCCGCCGUCGCCUCCGGUCUCCCCCGGCACCGCCUCGGUCGCCUCGUGGACGGGUUCUUAUUUUCUCAUUAUUUGCAUGUUCUUGAUCUUUGAUUGUUUUUGUUUGAUUGUCACUGUUUUUUCUCGUCUAGACACCUGUAGAGCUAUUGGUGUACUUUAUUCUACUGUAGCCUGAACUACUGUGGUCUUGAACUCUAUUUGCUAUGUCCACAAUUAUCAAUCCAUCAAUUGCAGACGUAGUACCUAAUAUUAGUUUAGUGCACAAACUCUCUGCCAGACAGAGGACUUUGUGUAUGUAUAUGCAUACCUUGUGACGAACCAUGCUGACAAAUUGUGGAUGUGCCACAGUAGUGAAGAUGAAUAUUUCGUUAUAAACAGAUGUAUGUAUACUUCAUCUUAUGUUGGUGUCGUGCAGAAAUAAGAAUUCAUGCAUUACUCUUCUGUUCGACAUGAACGGAAGUUUUGACAAGUUCUCAUCAUCCCAUUAUAGUGUAAUUGAAGGCAAUGUUUUAUCUCCUGAUGAGUCAAAAAUUAAAGAACUGGUGAGUGUCCUAUGAGAAAAGAAAAUCGGUGUUGUUGCACAUUUUUACGGGGAUCCAGAGGUCCAAGGCAUAUUGACUGCUGCACAGAAGUUGUGGCCUCACAUCCAUAUAUCUGAUUCCUCAGUAAUGGCAGAUAGGGCUGUUAAAAUGGCAGAAGCUGGAUGCAAAUAUAUUGCAGUACUUGGUGUGGACUUCAUGUCUGAAAAUGUUGGUGCAAUACUUGAUCAGGCUGAUUUUAAGAAGGUUGGUGUGUACAGAAUGUCCAAUGAACUAAUUGGUUGCUCCUUGGUGGAUGCAGCAGGGAGUUUGACAUAUAUGCUUUUGGAGGCAGCUUCAAAUUCACCUCCUUCAUUGCAUGUGAUCUACAUAAAUACUUCCUUGGAGACUAAGGCCUAUGGACAUGAACUGGUGCCUACAAUCACUUGUACUUCAUCUAAUGUUGUGCAGACAGUUUUUCAGGCAUUUGCUCAAGUACAGGAUUUAAAUGUUUGGUAUGGUCCUGAUUCUUACAUGGGUGCAAAUAUUGUGGAGUUGUUUCACCAAAUGGCUGACAUGACAGAUGAAGAAAUAUGAAUACAUCCAGAGCAUAACAGGAACUCCAUAAGAUCAUUACUGAAGAGGCUGCACUACUACCAGGAUGGUAACUGCAUUGUGCAUGAUAUGUUUGGUCAUGAAGUAGUGGAGAGAAUAAAAGAGCUGUACUGUGAUGCAUUCUUAACAGCUCAUUUUGAAGUUCCUGGUGAAAUGUUUUCUUUGGCAAUGGAAGCAAAAAGGAGAGGAAUGGGAGUUGUAGGUUCCACCCAAAACAUUUUGGAUUUCAUUAAAAACCAGGUACAGAAAGCUUUGGACAGGGACAUCGAUGAUCACCUACAGUUUGUGUUAGGAACCGAAUCUGGAAUGUUGACUUCCAUAGUUGCCGCAGUUCGUGGAUUACUGGGUUCAGGGAAUCAAGAUGUAAAACAAUCUCCAGUCUUAUCGGAUUCAGUAUCAAGGACAUCAAUGAAUGGGUCUCGUGGUCUAAAUUCUGCUAUACCAAGUGAUAUCAAAGAACUUGCUGUUGUUCCCGGUGUCGCAAAUGGUGAAGGUCGCUCUAUUCAUGGAGGUUGUACUUCCUGUCCAUAUAUGAAGAUAAACUCACUAAAAUCGUCGUUGAGAGUUUGCCAGCAACUUCCCAACAAAAACGGCACUCUUCGUGCCUAUGAAGCUAACAGGCAACAAGAAGGUUAUGCAAUCCAUCAUAUCCUCCAUAGACGAAUACCAACAAGUUUUAACAAGGUGUAUGUCAGGCCAGCUGGCAGUUACAUAAUGGACCAGUUAGAAUUACGGCGAGUUGUUUUUUAUCCAGAAACUGAUGUUUCUGAAAGUGCAGACUGUGUGAUAUUAGUUGGUAAUUUUUCUAUACCAUCAGGUUUACGUGCAGCUGAAGCUGCUCUCUCGAAACAGAAAGUGGAAGUGAUAUCUGGGACUGGAGCUCUUGUUCUGCCAAUGGUUAAGCAUCCAUUUGUUGUAGGAUUUCUAGUUGCAGAACUACCAAAGAAGGAUUUGGAUUCAUGUGAGAAUGUGGAUAGUGGUGAACUGUGUGUGCCCUUUUGCUCACCUAAAGAUGAUUCUUUAGGUGGAGCACCAUAUUCUAGUAAGAAACCCUGGGAAAUUGAGGCUUUCAGUGAAGAUUUGAUGAAAGCUUAUGGCCAAUUCACAACUGAACAAAGAUCAAGAGCUAUUGUGAUUUCUCGAUCUUUGGCCACAGCAUAUGUCAUGGAUCAGAAAGCAAUGCUUCUUCAACAGUCUUCUUGGCAAAAUAGUGUCAGAAUGAAUCAUCUGAUUGAACAAAUACGUGCACCUCUUUCUAGCAUUAGAGCUCUGACAAAAAUGUUAUCUGUUCAUGUCAAGAGAAGUGAGAUUUCAUAUGAUAUCAUCGAAGACUUACUUAUACAGGGUGAACAUAUGAAAGAUGCCUUACAGCAGCUUCAAGAUUCUGCCUAUCUCACCAAGGUUAAUAUAGUACGAUACAAUGAAGAAACAAUAAAGAAGAUGCAUGAUCCUAAGUUCAGCCACCAAGAAUUGUCGAGGUCACUGCCAUCUGAGAAUGAUUCAAGCGAGAACAAAACAUAUAGUAUGCAGAAGAUGGAACCUGUGCUACCACUAAGCUCUGGAAAAAAAGACCUAGCAAUGCCGAUGCCACCUCUUUGGCUUGUGCCACUAAAACAAAACAUUACCAGACCAUGUGUUGUUUCUGAUAUAUUGAAAGAUCUGGUUGGAGCUGCUCUCCCUCUCGCCGACAAUCAACAACGAUCACUGGAACUUAAUGAACUGUCACAGUUUCUCCAGGUUGGUGUCGAAGAAUCUUCUCUGCGACAGGCACUUAGUAAUCUGAUAGAGGGGGCUUUGUUGCGCACAUGCAUAGGCGGGAAAGUUCAAAUAUAUGCAACUGGAGCACCUGCUGGUGGUGCCCUGGUCAUAAUUGAUGAUGACGGGCCUGACAUGCAUUACAUGACUCAAAUGCGCUCUCUCACACCAUUUGGAGUGGAUCUCUUUGCAGAUGGCAUGGUGGAAGACAACAUGACAUGGAAUUUUGUUGCAGGGCUGACCAUUGCUCGUGAGAUCCUAGAGAGCUAUGGGUGUGUCAUCCGUGUCAUUUCGCCCCGGGCCUUGGAUGCUGCCUUUGGUACCGGGGGGACGCGUAUUGAACUCUGGUUCCCUGCUCUGCCGUCUGAUUCAUCCGAUGCAGCCGGAGAGGUGUAGCAAAUUCCGGUACCCCAUUGUUCAUGCCAUCUUGGUUUUUCCAAGAGCAAGGGUCGUAGAAUUGGUUUCAUGAGAACACGUUGGUUAGUGUUGCUGAUAACUCACUUUCUUGUAUCUUGUUUUUCUACUUGCUCAUCAUUGAUAUGAGAUGCACGAUUACAAACGGUGAAUAGACUCGACAUAAAAAAAAAGGACUUGUUUGAGAUAGUGA